AUGCGUGAUUUCACAAGUUCAAGUAAUUAUUUUGGUUUGGAUGAAAUCAAGAUCUAUGACCAACCUUGUGAUUCUGGCAUUACGACAACUACCACUGAGCCACCAAUUACCGAAUCAACAACAACUACUACUGAAACGCUGACUACAGAGUCAACAACAACUACCACUGAGACACCGGCUACCGAGUCAACAACCACUACCACUGAAACUCCGACUCCCGAAUCAACAACAACUACUACUAAAACAUCAAAUACCGAGUCAACAACAACUACUACUGAAAUACCGACUACAAAAUCAACAACAGUUACCAGUGAAAAAUCAACUACCGAAUCAAUGACAACUACCACUUCAUUACCUGGAACCUCUACCUUUACAUCAACAACAACUACCUCAUUAUUACCCAAAACAACGACUACUGUACGAACGUCAACAAUGUAUGUUUUAUCUUUGAAUCUUUGA